ACGCCGGGCGGACGGACGUGACGUCACGUCGGGAACAUCCGGCGACGCCGCCCCGCCGGAAGCUGCGCGGCCGGUCGCCCGGCAACAGAGCACGCCCCUCCCCGCGCGGGACCCCCGGGCCGCCGCUACGAGUGCCCCGGUACUUGGACAUUCGCCAUCAAAGAUGUCGGCAAAGGCCAGGUCGGCGGCCUCCAGGAGGAGGUGGGCUUCUCACCCCGCCUACGAGCGGUACUGGCAGCAUUACCACCAGGCUAUGACGUGGAUGCGAAGCCACCAGCUCGCCUACUGGAAGGCCCUGGAGGCUUACUACAGUGCCCUCUGGUACUCGGCUGCUGAAGAUCUCGCCCACACGUCCUAUGCCGAAGAUGGGGACUUUCCUCAGCACCGCAGCCACCACGUGGAGGACUGCGACUCCCAGCGCAGCUCCUCCCCACCGAGAAGCGCCAUGCGGCCCCGGCCACAGCGCAAAAGCCAGGUGUCGGCAUCAUCGUCGUCGUCGUCGUCAUCAGCGUCGGCGUCAUCGGUGUGGGUGUCCUCAUCAUCUGACUCCGAAGGGGUAGAAUGUGAUGUCAGCAACAUGGAAAUCACCCAGGAGCUCCGAGACUACUUCGCGCAGACUGAGAGGCACCAGGAGGAGCGGAAGCGGCAGCAGCUGCUGGACGAGAAGCGCCUGGAAGACUACGUGAACGCCGACCACGACCUGUACCACAAUUGGUCGCAGCGCUCCGCAGAGCCACCCGACAGCAGAGUCUGGGAGCGGCGCCUGGAGGACAUGCAGCGCCUCUACGGGGACAGCGCCAACAAGAUCCAGGCCAUGGAGGCGGCCAUGCAGCUGACCUUUGACAAGCAUUGCGACCGCAAGCGGCCCAAGUACUGGCCGGUCAUCCCCCUCAAGUUCUGAGCGCGGCCUCAGGGGCCCCGCUCCGUUGCCCCCCCACCGCCUCCCCGCGUCCCCUUUCUCCAGGGCCCCCUCCCUGCAUAGAGAAUGGCCUGAGAAACGGGCGGGUCCCUCCCCGGUGGCCGCAUGCCCCGGACCUGGGCUAGGGGUGCUGUUCUGCUCCCCCACAGGUCAGCAGGGUGGGGGGGGGCGUUGCCGGCAGAGGGUUUUUUUUUUCCUCACCUAAGACUGGCCGUAUCCUGCAUCUGCCUCUGUGGGUUUUUAUUUUCGUUAGCUUAGAGUCCAGGUCAUUAAAAGUUUCCGAGCUCCCUGCCUUUCUCUCUCCAUUGUCAUCCUUCACCCCGCCGACCUCUCCCGCUGUUGACACAGGUCAGCCUCUCGCACCCAAACUCAGUGCGCCCCCUGACAGCC